AUGGCUGGCAUUGUGUGUCAUACGGGUGCGAAUAUAAUCACAGAAGCGAGAAAGUUGGUCGAGCAGAUCGGUAAACCGUUGGAGUUGGACACUGAUGGCAUUUGGUGUUUGAUACCCACUUCGUUCCCUGAGAAUAUCACAUUUACUUUGAAUAGUGAGAAGAAGAAAUCGGUGACUGUUUCUUACCCAGGUGCGAUGUUGAAUGCGUUGGUACGAGACAAUUUCACGAAUGAGCAAUACCAUUAUUUGGAACCAGAUGGAACUUAUAAAGUGUCAUCUGAGAAUUCGAUAUUCUUUGAAGUGGAUGGUCCGUAUCUGGCCAUGAUAUUGCCAGCAUCCAAAGAAGAGGGCAAAAAACUCAAAAAACGGUCGGUUAUCUUUUGCUGGAAUUUCUACUUGAAAUACGUUUGA